UUCCUGCCCGGCUGUCCAACUCCCCCAGUUCCCGCCCGGGACGGCCUGUACCCUCGCUCCCUCCUCCCUCCUUUCUGCCCCUGCGGGAGUCUUUGCCCAGGCAUUUUCCAACCGGGGUUGGCACUACCAGCUGUUUCUGUCCUGCGCCUGGCAUAGCUGUACCACAAAAGGGUCACCAUGUGAGAGAGGAGAAUGUCAGGGCUAGACAAUGCCCACCAUAUCCACAGUGUACCACGCUGCAGUGCCCUGGGGCAGCUGAGUGGAGGAAGUGUCUCCUCUGCCUCAAUAUUCUCGGUCCCCAAGAUGCUGCUAACACUCUUUCUCCUGCUGCUGUCACUGUCAUCAUGGAAAAGUUGGCAUUUUGCCCUUGCCCACCACUUCUCUGCCCCCAAUACCACCUUCAACCACCUGGCCAUGGAUGCUGACACAGGCAUGCUCUAUGUCGGUGCUGUGAAUCACCUGUACCAGCUGACACCUGACUUGCAGCAAGUAGGUGAGGCCAUCACAGGUCCCAUAUGGGACAGUCCCGACUGCCUGCCCUUCCGGGACCCAGCCGAGUGCCCACAAGCCCGGCCCACAGACAAUGCCAACCAACUGCUACUUGUGAGUGGGCGAGCACGGGAGCUCGUGGCCUGUGGGCAGGUACGCCAAGGUGUAUGCGAGAAGCGGAGUCUGAAGAAUGUGGCACAACUUAUCUUCCGGGCUGAAGACCCCGGUGAUGGGCAGUUCGUAGCUGCCAAUGCCCCAGGAGUGGCCACUGUGGGCCUUGUGGUGUCAACCCCAGGGAGAGACCUGCUGUAUGUGGCCCGGGGCCUAGCAGGCAAGCUGUCCGCUGGGGUACCCCCCUUGACUGUGCGCCAGCUGGCUGGGCCUCAGGCCUUCUCCAGUGAAGGCCUAGGCCGCCUGGUUGUAGGGGACUUCUCUGAUUACAACAACAGUUAUGUGGGGGCUUUUGCAGGCACCCAAUUUGCCUACUUCAUCUUCCGUCGUCGGGGGUCUCGGACCCAGGCUGACUACCGCUCCUAUGUUGCCCGUGUAUGCCUGAAUGAUGCCAACCUGUACUCUUAUGUUGAAAUGCCACUCGUCUGCCAUGGUCAUAGCCUGGUGCAGGCAGCUUACCUGGCCCCAGGCCAAGGAGGGGGAACCCUGCUGGUAGUGGCUUCCCCAGGGCCUAUGGGAGGCUCCGCGCUGUGUGCCUUCCCACUACAGGAGGUCGAUGGACGGAUGGAACGGGCCCGGAGGCUCUGCUACACUGUGGGCGGACAGGGCCCAGAUGGGGAAGAGGUUACCAUUGAAUACGGUGUCACAUCCCGAUGUGUCUUCCUGCCCUCAGACUCCCCGGACUCAUACCCUUGCGGGGACGAGCACACGCCCAGUCCCAUUGCCAGCCACCAGCCACUGGAGGCAGAGCCCCUGUUCACCAGCAUCCCCCACCUCAGUGCUGUUGCUGCUCUCGAAGAAGCCGGGCACACUAUCAUCUUCCUGGGGGACACCCAGAGCCAGCUACACAAGAUAUCCCCUUCCUUACUUACGGCUGUCGGGUCUUGUCUCCCCAAGGUGUUCCUGAAUGGCUCAACAGGGCAGCUGUAUAGCUCCCUCCCCGUGGGCCCCGCAGGUACUGCCGUGAGCCCUGACUUGCUCCUGGACAGGAACGGGAGCCAUCUCUACGUCAUGACGACUUCUCAAGUGAACAAGGUGCCCAUCUCCUCCUGCCAACAUUUUACUGACUGUCCCAGCUGUCUCCAAGCCCAGGACCCCUUCUGUGGCUGGUGUGUCCUUCAGGGCAGGUGUGUGAGGAAGGAGGAAUGUACAGGAUUUGAGCAGAAACAUCAGUGGCUGUGGAGUUAUGGACCCCCUGAGGGAAGCCACUGCUUGGCUAUCCAAAGCCUGGUGCCCAGCCAGCAGCCUCGCCAGGAGCAGGGCCAGGUCACCAUGGUGGUGCCCCAGCUCCCAGCCUUGGUGCCAGACAAGUAUUUCCAUUGUGCCUUUGACAACUAUGAGACGCUGGCCUACGUGGAAGGAACUCAGGUAGUCUGUGAAUCACCCCCACAGGACCAAUUGCCACCCAAUACUGAGGGCACAGAUCAUGUCACAGUGCCAUUGGCCCUGAUGUUUGAGGAUGUAUCCGUAGCUGUCACCAAUUUCUCCUUCUAUGACUGUAAGGCUACUGGGGCCUUGGAUGUAGCUGCUCCGUGCAGUGCAUGCGUGAGAAGCCCCUGGCGAUGUCACUGGUGCCCCCAAAGUGCCUUCUGUGUGUAUGGGGAUGGGUGCCCAGAUGGGGAGAAGACCGUCUACCAUGCCCAGGAAGCAGACGUCCUGAUGAAGGGCCCUGAUUUCUGCCCCCAUGUGGAAGGUCUGGGCACAUCCCACCUUGUUCCUGUGGGCUGGGAGACCAGGCUUGCCUUGAGGGUUCGGAAUCUACAUCAUUACCAGAGCAAGGCAGCCUCCUAUCACUGCUGGUUGGAGCUGCCAGGAGCCCUUCUGGGGCUACAGGCCUCCCUGGAAGAGGGAGACGGUGAUACACAACUCAUCUGGUGCCAAGCUCAGCAGUUCAGACCCUCUCCUCCCCGGAAGGAGCUCCGAGUGCCCAUCUAUGUUACCAGGGGCAACACUCACAGAGUGGACAAUGCUGCCGACAUAUAUGUGACCCUAUACGACUGCACUGUGGGCCAUGAGGACUGCAGUCACUGCCAGGCAGCUGCCAGGAAUCUGAGCUGUGUGUGGUGUGGCCAGGGCAGGCCUGCCUGUAACUAUAGGCCCCUGUGCCCACCAGAAGCCGUGGAGUCACUCUGUCCUUUGCCCAGCAUCCACUUGAUCAAGCCUCUGACAGGCCCCCCUGAGGGGGGUGUGGUCCUCACCAUCCUGGGCUCUAACCUGGGCAGUCGCUUGGAGGAUGUGACGGAUGCUGUGAGCGUUGCAGGGCAGCCUUGUCGCCUGGACCCAACCCUCUACCGCAUCUCCACCCAGAUAGUAUGUGUAACAUCACCUGCCCCUAAGGAUACCACAGGCCCCAUCAAAGUUACCAUCAAGAACCGUCCACCUAGCCAGUCUGCCCAGCUCUUCACCUACCAGGACCCUGUCCUGAGUGCUCUGAGUCCCUGGCAGGGCCCUAAGGCAGGAGGCACUCUCCUCACCAUUUUCGGGCAACACUUUCUGACAGAGAGUAACGUCAGAGCCUUCCUGGGAGAUGAGCCUUGCCUUAUCCAGGGGCCUGUAUGCCCUGAAGCCAUUGUAUGCCUGACUGGGCCCCGGGCCACCCCUGGGGAGGCGGAUCUCCGCGUGGUCUUCGACUUGGCCCAGAGGACGCUGGCCAAAGGCCACUUCUCCUACAAACCCGACCCCCAGCUCCUGUCGGCUGAGCCCAGCGUCAGCUUCAGGGGGGGGGGACGAGUGAUCCGGGUGAUGGGGACCCAUCUGGAUGUGGUUCAGAGGCCCCAGUUGUCAGUGUGGCUGGAAGAGGCCCCAGCUGGGCCCCAACAGCUAGAGCCAAAGCAGCUGGCUGAGCAUCACUGUGAAGAUGGGGGCCGUCCCCAGGCUGCCCAGGGCACUAUGGCCUCCCAGACCUGUACCUUGCUGGAGGCGGGGCUUCUGGAGUGCUCCACUGUCUGUUCAGCCAACUCCUCUGGCUUGCUCCUGUGUCCAAGUCCUGCAGUCCCUGGGGUUGCCCGCCUAAGACGGAUGUUCUUCGCCCUGGACAAUGUCCUAGUGGAUUUCAUCAAUGCAAGUGGCGGAAAAGACUUCCUAUACCAGCCCAACCCUCGCCUCCAUCCACUGAGCCGAGACAGGCCUGCCCAUCCUUACCGCCUGAAGCCUGGCAAUGUUCUGGAUGUGGAGGGCGAGGGGCUAAACUUGGGAAUCAGCAAGGAGGAGGUCCAAGUGCAAAUUGGAAAAGGCGAGUGUGUGGUGAAGACAUUGACGCUUACUCACUUGUACUGCGAACCCCCCAUGUGGGCCCCUCAGCCCCUCAAUAGCUCCAGUGCCCUGCCUGAAUUCAUAGUGCAGAUGGGUAACCUUCGGCUGAACCUAGGCCCAGUGAAAUAUGAGGUGGAGACUGCCCUGCCCAGCUUCCCGACAGAGGCCCAGAUUGGGCUGGGGGUGGGAGUCGCUGUGCUCAUCUCCAUGGUCCUCCUCCUCAUCCUCAUGUACAGGAGGAAGAGCAAGCAGGCUAUGCGAGACUACAAGAAAGUCCUUGUGCAGCUAGAAAACUUGGAGAUCAGUGUCGGGGACCAGUGCCGAAAAGAGUUUACAGAUCUGAUGACUGAGAUGACAGACCUCAGCAGUGAUCUGGAAGGCAGCGGCAUCCCUUUCCUGGAUUAUAAAACCUUCACUGAACGGGUCUUCUUUCCUGGCCACCAUGGCUCACCACUUCGAUCUGAGAUAGAUGUGCCAGAUGCCCGCCAGGCCACAGUAAAACAGGGUCUCAACCAGCUCGCCAACCUGCUUAACAGCAAGCUUUUCCUCAUCAAGUUUAUCCACACCCUAGAGGAACAGCCCACUUUCUCCCAGCGAGAUCGGUGUUACGUGGCCUCGCUAUUGUCUCUGGCCCUCCACGGCAAGCUAGAAUAUCUGACUGACAUCAUGAAGACCCUUCUCAGUGACCUUACGGCUCAGUAUGUCCACAAGAAUCCCAAAUUGAUGCUUCGCAGGACUGAGACCAUGGUGGAAAAGCUUCUAACCAACUGGAUGUCUAUCUGUCUCUACUCCUUCCUGAAGGAGGUGGCAGGGGAGCCCUUGUACAUGCUAUUCCGGGCCAUCAAGUACCAGGUUGACAAGGGCCCGGUGGACGCGGUGACAGGCAAGGCAAAGCGGACCUUGAACGACAGCCGGCUCCUUCGGGAGGAUGUGGAAUUCUGGCCACUGACGCUGACUGUGCUGGUAGGGCCUGGGGCUGGGACCGGUGAGCAGCAACGUGUGCCUGCCCGAGUGCUCAACACCGACACCAUCACUCAGGUCAAGGAGAAGGUGCUGGACCAGGUCUACAAGGGCACGCCCUUCUCCCAGAGGCCUUCAGUGCAUGCCCUGGACCUCGAGUGGCGUUCAGGAGUGGCUGGGCACCUGACCUUGUCAGAUGAGGAUUUGACCUCUGUGACCCAGAACCAGUGGAAAAGACUCAACACCUUGCAGCAUUAUAAGGUCCCAGAUGGGGCAACUGUGGGGCUCAUCCCCCGAAUGCACAACGGGAACAGCUUCUCCAAAAGCCCGAAUCAGAGCUUUCUCUCUGGAGAGAGCUUACCCAUGUUGGAGGAUGGCGACGAGAGUGGCAUCCGGCUCUGGCACCUGGUCAAGUCUACAGAGGAGCCUGAGGUAGCCAAGCAGAGGAGAAGCAGUCUUCGGGAGCGAGAACGAGCCAAGGCCAUCCCUGAAAUCUACCUCACGCGCCUACUCUCUAUGAAGGGCACACUGCAAAAGUUUGUAGAUGAUACUUUCCAAGCCAUCCUCAGCGUGGAUCGGCCUGUGCCCAUUGCGGUCAAGUAUUUAUUUGACUUCUUGGAUGAGCUGGCAGACAAAUAUGGCAUUGAGGACCAGGAGACCCUGCACAUCUGGAAAACCAACAGCCUGCUGCUGCGCUUCUGGGUAAACACCCUGAAGAACCCCCAGUUCAUCUUCGAUGUCCGAGUCUCAGACAAUGUAGAUGCUAUUCUCACUGUCAUCGCUCAAACCUUCAUUGACUCCUGCACCAUCUCUGAGCACAAAGUGGGCCGGGACUCCCCUGUGAAUAAACUCCUCUAUGCCCGGGAAAUUCCUCGAUACAAGCAGAUGGUGGAGAAGUAUUACUCAGAUAUUCGGCAGAAUACAACCGCCAGUUACCAGGAGAUGAACUCAGCCUUGACCGAGUUAUCAGGGAACUAUGCUUCUGACAUCACCUGCCUGGUUGCCCUGCAUGAGCUGUAUAAUUACAUCAACAAGUAUUAUGACCAGAUUAUCAGUGCCCUGGAAGAGGACCCUGUGGGCCAGAAGAUGCAGCUGGCCUACCGGCUUCAACAGAUUGCCGCUCUGGUGGAGAACAAAGUUACUGACUUGUGAGGCCCCACCCCCCAGGGCCCAGAUCUUGGGCCAAGGAGAAAGAGAUGAACCAGCCUGGGGUGUGGGAGCUGCCCCAACCAGGCCCUCCAGCUUAAAGUCAACUGCCAGGGCCCCCUCUCUCUUACCAGUAGUGCCUUUUGUCCCGGCUCCCUAGAGACCCAACUGGGUGACUCCAUCCUUACCUACUCUCCCUCCCCUCCCCCCAAAAUGGAGCUAGAGAGGCCUCUUUCUCUCCAGGACCCUCAAAAGAGGUUUGGGGCAGAGUGAGCCAGGAGGCUGGGUGGGCACUGUUGGUACCCAGAGUAAUGGUCAAAGCUUGACCCUAUUUUUCCCAAGUAUGGAGGAAAUAGUGGAAAAUGAACCCUAUCUGGGACACUCUUCUGUAGCGGAGAAUGGGGGGGGGGGGGGGUCAAACAUUCAGGACUUCUCACUCAAGCCAGUCUGGUCUAGCCUGUGACUUCCUCUUGCCCCCGGUCACUAGGAUCAUUAGUGGGGGUACGUGUGGGAGGGGAGCACCAAACUUUGCCUUUCUUAUUGAGGCCUGUUAACUAAGGCAUAGCUAGUCUCAGGCAGCCUGGGGUUAUCCUAAUUCACACCAGCUCCAGCCCUUUUUGGGAUACUUAAAGGAUGGCCUACCCCCCCUCCCAUCCCACCCCCCAUCCCAUAUAUUUAUUUACUUGCUGGAAAAUUCCAUUUGGAAAUAAAUGAGAU